GUCGAAAAACUGCUAUCACCACUGAUACGUUGAACCCCUGUACCUUAACUGAACCGAACGAGUAGAGGCAAACAUUCAGAAGGAACCUUAGCACAGCAUAGCAUCUAGUAGCCGUUGACGUCGUACGUGAUUCUUUUGCCUUCUGCAAAUACAGCAUUCGUUGACAGAGGAAAAACCAAAAUUCGCUCUUGUGCGGCGUCGUGUGCCAAAUUCCAACUGCAACCAUUUUCGGUGUGGCGCUUGCAUUCCGCUGUCGAAUCGUGACGAACGCGGCGACACAUACGUUCCUUACUGCUGCUCUUGUUGUUCUUUUUUUUGCCAACAGGCAGUGUUUAUUAAAAUUUAAUGAAGCCAAUACCGUACGAAAACGCACACGGUUGCGUUUUAGUGCGCGGUAAAGGUCGUGCAAUAAUGUUGCCAACGUCUUCGCUGCCGUGCCGUGCUCGCCGAAAGGAAGGCAGUGGCGUGCAUUAUACACCAACACACACUACGUGACAAACGCACUAGAAAGGAUCAUCGGUACCGAUGGCGACCCCAAGAGGGGAAACAAAAGCAUCCGAAGCAUCCGGGGCGACUCUAAGCACAACUCGCCCACACGCAACGUCCCAUUAUUGGCCCAGUGCCUGGCGGCACUCACGCAUCAAUCCCGUUGCUUCACCCACACAGCCAUGGAUCAUCGGCCUUAAGCGCACCACCCGUUCCCGCCCGUUCCCGGCAUAUCCCUGCCCCGGUCCCACAGUGGAGUAGGCCCAACUGCUGGCUAACAUGAUGGAGCUAAGCCCGACGGUCGGCAGCAGUGGCAGCCUGCUCGCCGCCCUCAUCACCAACGGUACCAACGGGCGUACCGGUUUACUGCACGAUAUCCUCGAUGGGCACCGUACGCUGCUGCACCAGCCGCACCAGCCGCACCAGCCGCAACAGCAGCACUACAACCAUCCCCACCAUCAGCAGUACCAGCCGCAGUAUCUGUACGCGAACGAGAGCCUGGCCGGAUCCGUGCCCGAAUCGGCAAGCUACGGUACGGACUCGAUCUGCAUCAUACUGCCGAUAACGAUCUUCUACUGCUUCAUCUUUGUGGCCGGCAUUGUCGGCAACCUGUCCAUCUGUGUCGUGAUAGCGAAGAACAAAUCGAUGCACACCGCCACCAACUACUAUCUGUUCAAUCUGGCCGUGUCGGAUUUUCUGCUCCUGCUGUUCGGUAUGCCGCAGGAACUGUACGGCACCUGGAACCCGUUCGCCUACCCGUUCAACCAGAUCGCCUGCAUCAUCAUGGGGCUGCUGUCGGAGACGGCGGCCAAUGCGACCGUGCUCACCAUUACCUCCUUCACCGUUGAGCGCUACAUUGCCAUCUGUCAUCCGUUUCGGUCCCACACCAUGUCGAAGCUGUCGAGAGCGAUAAAGUUUGUGAUCGUCAUCUGGCUGGUAGCGUUCGGAUUGGCCACACCGCAGGCACUCCAGUUCGGUGUGGUGGAAACGAACACCACACGGCUCUGCACGAUCAAAAAUGAACACUUUUCCCACGCGUUCGAGGUGUCCAGCUUCCUGUUCUUCGUCGGCCCGAUGACACUGAUCGCCGUGCUGUACGUGCUGAUCGGGAUUAAGCUUCGCAAAAGCAAACUGCUCCAGGGCGUCAAGCGUGCAUCAUCGGACUACACCACACCGCCCCGGGGUAUUAGUGCCCAGUCCAGGGUCAUCCGUAUGCUGGUGGCCGUUGUGGCUACGUUUUUCAUCUGCUGGGCACCGUUCCACGCCCAGCGUCUGAUGGCCGUGUACGGUGUGUUUUCCAAGACGGAGAACGUGUUCUUCUACAAGGUGUACAUGGUGCUGAACUACACCUCCGGCAUACUGUACUUCCUGUCCACCUGCAUCAAUCCGCUGCUGUACAACAUCAUGAGCCACAAGUUCCGGGACGCGUCCAGGCACACCCUCAAGAUGAGCUGCUGCGGUGGCAAGCGCUCGAAAUCGGACGGCCAGCACCACACGUACAGUGCCGUCUCGCGGUACGGCGUUACCGGUUGCGGCUCGUUCAAGGUUAACUCGAACAAUAUGGCCUGCAUCGGUGCUGGCAUCGGGCUCGGUACGGGCGGUGGAAACGCUGCCAGCAAACAGCAGCACCAGCAGCCGGGCAAUGGGACGGCGGCAACGCCCAACCAGUGCCAGCAGGAAUCGAACAUGUCGCUGUUGGCGAACGAAAGCUGCAACCGCGGCACGAUGCCCCCGAUCGCGAUACGGCCCACGUUUACGCGGGCCGAUUCGCACUGCAUCUCGAUCAGCAGCAGCCAGUCGACGACCGGCACCAAUGUGAGCAGCAACGGCAAGCUAAGCCGCAGCUCGAACGGUUCCCUCCGGCACGGUGGCAGCGCGCUCGAGCAGCCGACCGACCAUACUGGUGGUGGUGGUGGCCGCCUGUCCACGAUAGCGGAGAAGCUGCGGCGUGGCACCAAGAAGGUGCUCGCCUUCAGCAAAUCCCCCACCGGUACGCCGAACAAAUCGAUCGUCAGCGGCGCGUGUGCGGAGGUGACCAAUGGGCGGCGGAAGGCCUACCGGAAGCGGAACAGCUGCGACAGCGUCGACACCAACACGAUCAGCAACUCGAGCCUGAAGGAGUUCGACGAGGAGGAGUUUAGCAGCGCCGAGCUGGCCCGCUUUAUGGGCGAAGUCAACAGUGAGAUACGCUAGACGCAGUGGGCUGGAUAGACGGGGCUGGCCCGGCCGGGGAUAGUUUACGUGCCACACCCAGUGGGGCGCUAAAGAAAGCCGACGGACUCGACGGAGCGCCCUGAAACAGUGAUGUCAGGCACGACAAGCCCAAGGGAAGUACAAAACGGUACAAAAGAGGACGGAAGAACGAAAGCAAACGCAUACGAUGGAGCUCGAUUCCAAAUAAUACACAGUGCGUGGUACCUGCGAUUUAAUCUCUUAGAGCCCAAAUCGAGGCGGCAGAACAUACAACAUUAUACGGGGAUUGGUGUUGAGGGGUGGAUGAGUGCACCGCUGGAUACCAGUUACUGCGGCGCCGUCGCCUCCUUCAGCCAGGCCGCCACAUUCGCCUCGUUGCGCUCCAGCCAGCUGAUGUUGUUCUGGAUGUUUUCCAGCGCCUGGCGCCGGGCGGUCGCACCGGCACCCGACUCCGGAUAGCGGGCGAAGAAAUCUUCCAGCUCGGUCAGGCGGGCCUGGGUCGUGAACCGGCCCGUCACCGAGGGUAUCAUGCGUCCCAGGUUGCGCUCGCCGAUGCCGAAGCGGGCCACCAGCCGGGGCCAGUUUUCGCGCACGUGCUCCCAGGCCGCCUGCUCGCCGGCCCGAUUCGCCGCGAUGUACU